UUUCAAUGCUUACAAUGUUCAAGCGAAAUCUGUCAAGUUCUACAAUUUGUAAAAAACUGAGUUGUCAUUUGAGGAUGUUCUCAUUUUCAGUGACUUUAAUUUGAUACAUGCUGACAGACAAAUAGAUCUUUCUUUUUAUUACAACUGCUAACUGUAAAGAAAAGACAUUAUGAACCGGUGUACAUGUAAAUACUUGUUCACGUUUUCAAUCUUUUUUUCUCAAUACCAUUUUCUGUUUUAUACCACAAAACACUGCCACAUUAACAAGGCAAAAUGCAUUCUAACUCUUUCUUCCUCCUGUGUAUUUUCUUCACUUGUGGGUGUGCGCAAUUCUCUAAUCGGAUUCCAAUAUUAUAAAUGAUACGCCCGCCCAACAAAUUACUGCCAGACACGAUCAGCUAAGGGGAAUCCCCAGGGUUUAUUUGGUAUUUCAGGUUUGUAAAUUUCCUCUGCUCCAUCUUCCAUAACGAUACAUCUACACUCUCAGGUGAAGCACACCAAAAAGUCAACAACUACAGGUAGUAUGUCAACCCUUUGAAGUUUGGUAUUGCAUGUGAAUACAAAGCAGUUCAAAUUUUUGCCCCUAAACCUAAAUGUAGUAGAAUAAAUUGUACACAAUUGUACACUAUGUAGAUGUUUUGACAGACCUAAACAAAAGACUUGUUCAUGACAUGUAUAUAUCCCAAAUGACCUUUCAUAUCAACAAUGGAUAUCUGAUUAAUUGAUCUACAUGUACAUGUAGGCUCAAGCUGUUGCAUUAUAACAACCAAUAAAAACAAACAUCCUUGUCUCAUAUGCAAAGCUAAUUUGACCUCACGCUUCUAAAUAGUAAAUGGCUGUAUAGGGCCGUAUACCUGAGCCAGCAAAUUAUCUCGAUCUGAACAAUCUUGAGAUUAUUUGUAAUGGAGACACCAUCAUCAUGAUAGUUCAUUGGAUUUAUCUCAUGAUUGCAAUCCUAAACUCAACUUCAAUUGGAUUAUUUGCAAAAUAGUGCGCAAUUAACAUAAAUUUCCCUUAUUUAUUCACGGUGUCGCACCAUUGAUGCCUCGCUCGAGCAAGGAUUGCUCUUCUUGGGCUGGUGGAGACAGGGUUACUUGAAUCUUGAGAUUAAUCGCAAAGAGGGCCGAUUGGGCUAAAAUCUUGAGAUUGAGCAAAGUGGGGCUGGUGCAGCACCGCCUAAUGAGAGUCCAAAGGAUGUGUAUCAUUUCUUGCCUGAUCACGAAAGAGAAGAAGUGGUCUCUACUAUAUUGGAAGGAAAUCAAAACACCUGAUGCACACUCAGGAUGAGAAGUUCAUGAUAAAAUGGUUUUGACUGGUAGUGCAACAGCCAUGAAAGGUCACUUGAUAAUUAAAGCAUGUUCCGCCCAGUUUGACUGGUUGAUGAACUACAGACAACUCAACGCAGGAGCACCGCAAAGACAGACAGACUUUGGUUUCAUGAAACCGAGUACCACUCCUAAACCUCUGGGUGCAUUACCAAAGAAACGCAGAGAUGGCACCGCCUUUGGCUUAGGGGCCGCAAACGAAUUUGCUGGGGGCAGCAGUAGCUACACGAACCUGGACACCGCCCCUGUUGACGCCGGCAUAGGUGACACUUCCGGGGGCAACGCGCAAGGUAGCGACUGGGACAUCAAUGCAGCUGGCACCGACUACGGCGGAAACAGCAAUGGGGGUGAUUAUGGUGGCACUGGUGGUGUCUCGGGAGGCAAUGGUGGUGGAUUUGGAGGAGGUAGCAAUGGUGAAGGAGGCUCCUUUGCAGAAGGUGGCAAUCUUAACCCAGGGUACGAUGACAGCAUGCAGAACCUUGCUAAUGCAUCUGCUGGUAGCAUUGCUGGUAUUGUCAUUGGUGUCAUCAUUCUAUUGUGUGUGUUGGCUGGUGUGUCCUUCUUUGUCAUGAGGCAAGUCCAUCGAAAGGUGCAGGUGAAUGCAACACGAGCAUAAUCAUCUUUGGAAAACUUCAACUUUAAGACUGUAUUAACGCUGCUAUUUCAUAUUCAAAACAUAUUGACAAUGGAAUCUACAGUGUAUCGUUUUUUUCUUGAUAAACUGAAUGAUAAUACCACUCCAAGUCCAAUGAAUAUCUACAUGUGUGAAUGUCAUUAAAACCAACCAUGGAUUGUGGUGUCUGUCAAAAUCAAUCAGUGUCUACUUUAAAUAUUCUUCAAAAUUCAUAAACAUACAUCAUGUAUGUACACGUACAUGAAAUCUAGUUUGAUUUUCAAGUCUUCAAUCCCAUUCCACAUGUGAUCUGUUUUCACUCAAGAGAUACUAGUUUACUAUCUACUGUAGAUUUCAAUUACCUGUCAACAAUUCAUUUGGUUCAUUAAUUCUUUCUGAACUCCCUACUCCAUUCAUUCAUUUUUCUGAUUGCCCCCAUCCCCCCCCCCCCCCUCUCUCUCUCUCUUUCCUACUGAUGAAACACACAUAUCAGACACAAACACAAUUUUACUUUACUUUAUUCCAGUGUCUCAUUUUUGUUCUCCCCUUGUUAUUUCUCAUCCAUUAAUUUUCAUUGUAGUCCCUUCUCAAAGUCUUUUGCAUACCUCAAGAUCUACUUUUUGCUUCAUUAGCAUUAAUAAUCAUCUUUUAUACAGCCAUCCACACACAGUGAGAGUGAAAUAUCAAAGUUCAAAAUCACAACAAAAGAAAUAAUUACAGUUACAUUUUGUAGAAAAGCAUGACAAUAGUAACCAAUAAAUGAAAAAAAAAUGCAUAAUUGAACUCUUCUUCCUGGUAAAAUAUCCCAAUAUUUCAAGUGCUUUUCUACACUAGAC